AUGGGCUCCGCCAUUGCCAUGUCCGACGCCGUUGACCCGGCCACCUUCUGGCCCCUCGCCUCGAAGCAUAUCCUGUACACAGGCGUGCCUCCCUCCCCCUUCAUCAUCACCAAGACUAAAGGCACACGGCUCUACGACUCGACGGGGCGACCGAUCCUCGACUUCACGUCGGGUCAAAUGUCGUCCCUCAUCGGCCACGCGCACCCGGAGAUCGCGGCCGUCAUCAACCACCACGCCGCGAACCUCGACCACCUGCUGUCCAACAUGCUGACGCAGCCGGUGCUCGACCUCGCGCAGGCCCUGGCGUCGCUGCUGCCGGCGCCGCUGACCAAGUCGUUCUUCCUGAGCACGGGCUCCGAGUCGACCGAGGCGGCCAUCCGGCUCGCGCAGACGUACACGGGCCGGUUUGAGAUUGUGGCCUUCUCGGCCUCGUACCACGGCCUCACGGCCGGCGCCGCGGCCGCGACCUACUCGACGGGCCGCCGCGCCGGCAUCCCCAGCGCGCCGGGCCACAUUGCCUUUCCGGCGCCGUAUGCCUACCGGUCGCCGUUCCGCUGCGCCGACGGCACCUACGACUGGCGCGCCGAGCUCGACUACGGCUGGUCCCUCGUCGACAGGCAGUCGGUCGGGUCGCUGGCGGCCUUCAUCUUCGAGCCCAUCCUCAGCACGGGCGGCAUCCUCGACCUGCCGCAGGGGUACCUCACCGCGCUGGCCGAGGGGUGCCGCGCGCGGGGCAUGCUGCUCAUCUGCGACGAGGCGCAGACGGGCGUCGGCCGCACCGGCCGCAUGUUCGCCUUUGAGCACGACGGCGUCGCGCCCGACAUUCUGUGUCUGUCCAAGACGCUGGGCGCCGGCCUGCCGCUGGCGUCCGUGACGACGUCGGCGGAGAUCGAGAGGGGGUGUCGCGCCAAGGGCUUCCUGUGGCUGACGACCCAUCUCAACGACCCGCUGCCCGCCGCCGUCGGCGCCAAGGUCCUCGAGAUUGUGCGCCGCGACGGCCUCUGUGCCGCCGCCGAGGCGAGGGGCCGCCAGCUGCGCGAGGGCCUGCUGCGCCUCAAGGACAAGUACUGGUGCGUCGGCGACGUGCGGGGCAAGGGUCUGCUGCAGGGCAUUGAGAUCAUCUCGGAUGCCGAGACCAAGGCGCCGGGGUCGGAACUCGGCCAGGCCGUGUCGGAGCGGGCCAUGGACAGGGGGUUGUCGUGCAACGUUGUAAAUCUGCCGGGGAUGGGUGGCGUGUUCCGCCUGGCACCGCCCGUGACCGUGACGGAAGACGAGAUUGCCGAGGGCCUGGCUAUCCUAGAUGAGGCCUUUGAAUAUGUAUUGAAGCAGCAGAAGAAGCCAUAG